AUGGCUCCAAAAUUUCUUGCCUUUAUUAUCCUCUCUCUCAAUCUUCUUUUCUUCACAAUGGUGAGCUCCUCCUUUGUGCCUGUAGUGCCAUCCAUUGAGGCUAAUAGCUGUCCUACAGAUGUCCUCAAGUUAGGUAUAUGUGUCGAUGUGUUGAAUCUGGUGAAUAUUAACAUUGGAUCACCAUCAUCACUAACACUUCCAUGUUGCAGCCUCAUUAAUGGUUUGGUUGAUCUUGAAGUUUCUUCUUGCCUUUGCACUGCCCUCAAAGCUAAUGUUCUUGGCAUCAAUCUCAACAUUCCAAUUGCUUUCAGUUUGAUUCUCAACAACUGUGGAAUCGACAAAGACAGCGACUUCCAAUGCCUUUAA